UAAAGUAUGUAUCAUCAUUGUUAAUCACACACAUCGGUCUAUAUAUAUUCCUCCUCCUCUUUCUCCUUUUUCUUGUCUUGAAAACAUAAUAUUCUCUCGAUCUUUUCCAGAGCAUAUUCAGAAUCAAAAAUACUGAUUCUAUCUACUAAGAUGGGUGAGAAAAAGGAAGAAACCGCGACGAAACCUGAAGGAGACAAGAAGCCAGUCGAUGGUGGUAACAACACCGUCGUGGUUAUGAAGCUUGAUAUGCAUUGCGAAGGUUGCGGCAAGAAAAUCAAACGACUCUUGAAACAUCACAAAGGAGUGGAAGAUGUGAAGAUUGAUUAUAAGGCUGACAAGUUGACGGUGAUCGGAAACGUAGAUCCCACGGUAGUUAGGGAUAAAGUAGCCGAGAGAAUUAAGAGAAAGGUCGAAAUAGUCUCUACCGUGGCGCCUAAGAAAGAGGCUCCUCCUCCUUCAGGCGGUGAAAAGAAGCCGGCGGAUGAGAAACCUGCUGAGAAGAAGCCUGCCGAUGAGAAACCCGCCGGUGAGAAAAAAGAUGAGAAGAAGAAAGAUGAAGGAGAGAAGAAAGCUCCUCCUCCACCACCAAAAGAGAGUACGGUGGUUCUGAAAACGAAACUACAUUGCCAAGGUUGCGAGCACAAAAUCAAGAGAAUAGUCAACAAAAUUAAAGGGGUUAAAUCAGUGGCCAUUGAUAGCGCCAAGGACUUGGUGAUAGUGAAGGGGAUCGUUGACGUUAAACAACUCACUCCUUAUCUCAACGAGAAGCUUAAACGCACCGUCGAAGUUGUUCCACCCAAAAAAGAGGAGGGAGCCACCGUGGCAGCUGCGGCGGCUCCAGCUGGCGGGGAGAAGAAGGACAAAGGUGCUGGUGAAAAGAAAGAAAACAAAGAUGUCGGUGAAAAGAAGGACGGUGGUGGUGAAAAAAAGAAAGAAGUUGCCCCAGCCGGAGGAGGCGACGGUGGUGCUACGGUGGAUGUGAAGAAAUCGGAGUAUAUCGGUUAUGGUUAUCCACCUCAGCCGAUGUAUUACAACCCACCAGGACAAGUGUACGGUCAACACUACAUGAUGCAAGGUCAAUCAUCUCAAUCCUAUGUGCAUGAACCGUAUGUGAACCAAGGGUACGUACACGAAUCGUAUACGAAUCAAGGAUACGGCCAAGGGUAUGGACAACAAGCACCACCACCACCGUAUAUGAACCACCAAGGGUAUGCAGACCCUUAUGCUCAUAUGCGUGCUCCUGAGAUGUUUAGCGAUGAGAAUCCAAAUGGGUGUUCUGUUAUGUGAUUGUAAAUAAAUAAGAAAUAUAGGGAGAGAAAAGGUAGAUAUGACAAAUUGUAAUACUAAGAAAUCACGGAUACUUCCGAGUCCGGUAAUCUUAACCGGCAGAUUGGCCGGGUAGAACCGGUUUUUGAGAGGCGUGGAUUGGGUUUCGUAUGUUGGUUGGUUUACUCUAUAGACUAUAUGAAUAUAGUUUCAUUUUAUUAUAA